UCUUCCCUCUGCAAGACGACACAGAGACGCAAGCGUCUCGCGAUUCCCUCUCUGGCAACUGCUAUGAUCCUAUAGUUUCGAUUUCGACUUCGAAUUCGACAUGGCUUCAGUCGAUGUGACCAAAGUUUUUCUCGAUUCCAUUAGCCAAAUAUCAAAUCAUAUUGAAGAUUCCAUUCUUUACCUGGAUGUUGGAUGCACUGAAAGUUUCCAAUUUGUUGGAGCUUUUCCCUUGUUACUGGAACUUGGAGCACGAGCUGUUUGCAGCUUGGAGAACAUGACUUCUCUUGAUGCGGUGGUGGAUUGGAACUCAAGAUUGGAUCCCCCAACAAAAAUUUUGGUGAUCACAUCUCGUCUACUGAGUGAUGCACAUCGUUAUAUUUUGCGGUGCCUAAGAAGACAUCAAGGUGUUCGUUGUUGUACAAUAUUUACGUCUAUCUCUGAGGUAGCUCACUCUGCAUAUCCUGAUUCACCUUUGGGACCAGAUGCAUUCCGUGAGUAUGAAUUGUUGCUUCUUCAAGAUUAUGAGGAACUUGUUAAGAAAUCUGAGACAAAAUCUGGACACCCAGAAGAUAGCAACUUUCAGGAGAAUUUGACCUUCGAAGAUGAGGGAUGGUCACGGCUCACAUCCAGUGAAGAGGAUGCCCCUCGCCAUGAGACUUUUCCUAGUGGAGUGGUUCUGUAUGGAGAUAGUCCAAUAGUUCAUACAGAAGAUGUUGGGCAGAGAUUAGUCAUUUCUGUGCAUCACUUUCCUACAAUUUUAUGUCCUUUAUCACCUGGAGUCUUUGUCCUGCCUUCAGAAGGAUCUGUUGCUGAAGCAUUUUUAUCAGUUCAACAUGAGGAUUCACUUAGUCCUGGACUGCCUCCUAUGAGUACUGGAUUGCUUUCUGAUGGUGAUGAUGUUCCUCCUGGGGCUACUCUUACAGCACAUUUUCUUUACCAUCUAGCUGCCAAGAUGGACUUGAAAAUGGAAAUAUUUUCUUUUGGUGAUUUGUCAAAAGCUGUUGGGAAGAUUCUAACGGACAUGUCAAGCCUUUAUGAUGUAGGCCGACGAAAACGAUCAGCGGGGCUGUUACUUGUUGACCGCACACUUGAUAUCCUUACUCCAUGCUGUCAUGGGGACUCGCUUGUUGACCGUAUGUUUUCAUCUUUGCCUCGUAGGGAAAAAACGACCUCCUACUCCCAAACAAAAGGCGCACAAGCCCAACACAAACUUGUCUCAUGCGGCCUUCAACGUUCUCGUCUUGAUGUGCAGAUACCACUUGCUGAAAUACUAAGUGAAGAAGAUUCUAAAAUAAAUUAUUCUAGGCUUUUAGAAAGCAUUGAAGCUUUUCUGUGUGGUUGGGAUUCACAUAACUCUACUUCUCAAGUUGUAGACUUGAAAAAUCUCAGCACCAAAGUUCAUGAUGGAAAGUACCUUUGCUCUGAUAUUCCUCAGCUUACUGGGUCCUUUGUAUCAACCGAAAGCUUUCGUGGAACACCAUAUCUGGAAGCUAUUCUAGAUAGAAGAACAAAAGAUGGAGCUGUACUGGUAAAGAAGUUGCUGCAAGAAGCUCUUCUUCGGGAAAACAUCACAGUUAAUAUCAAAACUCGUCCUGGUAUUGCUACAAAAUCGGAAUUACAGUCCAUGAUCAAAGCGCUGGCAAAAGAUCAAUCAACUUUAUUAAGAAAUAAAGGAAUAAUUCAGCUAGCAGCUGCUGCACUGAUUGCCCUUGACGAACCAUAUUCUGCCAGAUGGGAUGCAUUUAUCAGUGCUGAGAAAAUAUUAAGUGUUAAUGCUGGGGACACUAGCCAGAGUCUCGCUUCUCAAAUCGGUGAUCUUGUCAACAAGAGUGCUUUGAUUGGAUCCCAUGUACAGAAGAAUGGAAAGAUGGACACCUUGCAAGGGCUACUUUGUUUUCAAGAUGCUUUGCUUCUUACAAUUGUGGGAUAUAUAUUAGCUGGUGAGAAUUUUUCAACAUCUGGUUCUGGGGGACCUUUUUCUUGGCAAGAGGAGCAUUUUCUGAAGGAAGCUAUUGUGGAUGCGAUUCUUGAAAACCCUUCCAUCGCUAAAUUGAAGUUUCUUAAUGGUCUAACCGAAGAGCUUGAAGCCAAUUUAGAAAGACAAAAAUCAGAGGAAGCCAAAGCUGCACUUCUGGAUCAAUUAGAUAUUGAUGAUUUUGAUGAUGACCAGUGGGGUAAGUGGGGGGAGGAAAAUGAUGAGGAUGAUAAAAGCAAAGAGAAAUAUAAUGACAUGCAGUUAAAGUUGGAGUUGCGUGACAGGGUGGAUAGUCUUUUCAAGUUCCUUCACAAGUUAUCUGCUUUGAAAAGGAAGAAUUUGCCACUGAGAGAAGGGUCAUUGACUUCAGAGAGUAACUUUAUUGCUGAUCCUUAUACAAGCAAAGGAUUUCUUUACAAGCUUCUUACAAGGGUAUUGGGCAAGUAUGAUGUACCUGGGUUGGAGUACCAUUCCUCUACCGUGGGGCGAUUUUUUAAGAGUGGAUUUGGAAGAUUUGGCCUUGGACAAACGAAGCCAACUCUUGCUGAUCAAAAUGUCAUUCUGGUUUUUGUAAUUGGUGGCAUCAAUGCUGUUGAGGUGCGGGAGGCUCGGGAGGCAUUAUCUGAAAGCGAAAGACCUGAUAUUGAAUUUCUUCUUGGAGGAACAACUCUUCUAACUCCUCAAGACAUGCUUGAUUUACUACUGGGGGAUUCUAGUUACAUUUGAUUCCUAUAUGACGAUUUCACUAAUUUAUUGCAAAAGGCUCAAGCUGAUUUUUGAUGUAGUCUCUAUGAAGCACCAAAUCAGGCUUAUGGAGAAGGGAAUGAUACCAGAGUCUCUUCCGAUGAAUGGCUUGCAAUAUUUGUGUUCAGUUUUGCCCUUGUUAAUUCCCCGAAAUCUGCAAUACCUUGUAUAAAUUAAUGAUAGGAAUCAAAAGCACAUAGAUUUUGUUGGAUUGUAUAUGAGGUUGAGGUUGAGGAUUGAAAGAUUGUGAUCAUUUAUAUGAAAUCAUUCUGAAGGGUUACUGCU